GAGAGAGAUGCUUGUUUCUGUUCUGUAGGAAAAAUAAAUAAAGAUAUUUAAGAUAAAAUUAUGUUAUUUUCUUGAUUAUUAAUUAUUUUAUUUUAACUCCUCUGUUUAUAAUGAAUCUUAAUAUUGGUUUUGCAUUUAAAUUCGUAUUCAAUAAAUCAUUUUAUGCAUUUAUAGUUACUUAUGAUUAAAAAACCUUGAGACUAAUGAGAAUCCUUGACAGUUCUAUUAUUAUCCGUAUUUUGGAAAAUUGUUACAAAUCUAUUUAAUUGUUUCUACAUUACUAUCGUAAAUUUUAAAAAUUGUUUAAGUUAUGAGGCAGCACUUCAGAAGUGAUAUAAUUUAAUCAAUAUUAAAUGCAAUAGUUUCAUUUCACCAAAUCUAUUUCAAACAAUAAAGUCUUUAUUAUAUAAAAUCAAAGCCAAGAGAAAAAUUUUGCUGUUGCGGCAAUCGUGCCUGUGUGUUUCUAACAAUUUGUUAUGUCAUGCCCUCUAAAAAGCAGUAUAAUUUAGUUAAUGAUGAUGCUUACGACAGUCGAAUUCCACUUUAUAAUGAAGAAGCUUUUCAACAUGGAAUUACUUUUCAUGCAAAAUAUAUUGGUUCUUUGGACGUACCAAGACCGAGCAGUAGAGUUGAAAUUGUGGCAGCUAUGAGAAGGAUCAGAUAUGAGUUUAAAGCAAAAUCACUGAAGAAAAAGAAAAUUAGCCUUACAGUUUCGGUUGAUGGAGUAAAAGUCACUUUACGCAACAAAAGAAAAACCAAUCAAUGGCCUUGGGAUGAAAAUAAGCUUGUAAUUAUGCAUCAUCCAAUUUACAGGAUAUUUUAUGUUUCUCAUGAUUCUCAAGAUCUUAAAAUAUUUAGCUAUAUAGCUAGAGAUGGAGGAACUAAUUCCUUUAAGUGCAAUGUUUUCAAAUCAAAGAAAAAAAGUCAAGCUAUGCGUAUUGUGAGGACUAUUGGCCAAGCAUUUGAAGUGUGCCACAAACUGAGUUUAGCGUUAGCAUCGACUUCUGGAGCUGGAUGUACGAGUGAGGAAGUUGAAGAAAAUGCUUUGCAUGAUCAUUCUAGUAAAGGUAAAAGCCAAGGUGAUGGGGCAUCAGAACCUAAUAGCUGUGAUACACAAGAAGAAUUGGGUGCAUCUAAAAUCUCUGACUCUAUUUCACAUCAAGGAGCUUUUCGAACAAAUGGAAGUACUCUAAGCCCGAAAAAUGAAAUUGAUGGUAAAACUGGAAUUUCUAAUAACAAUUCUCAACUAUCAGAGUCUCUAAGUGUAUAUCACCAUAUUCAAUUACUAAAAGAGCAAUUAGAACAGCAAAGUCAGCAAAUGCAAUCAGUGAUGGGACAAGUGCAACUAAUGAAAGAUCAGUUAUCUGCUGAAACAACUGCUAGACUUGAAGCCCAGGCUCAAAACCAUCAUUUACUUGCCCAUAAUAGAGAACUUCUUGAACAUAUCAAAAAAUUAGUGAACCACAUCCAUGAUGUUGAAGAAAAAUUCCACAAAACUGGAAGAUCAAGUGAAUUUUCCAUGCCUGAACCAUUCCUCAAUUUUCCUUCCUCCGAUAUGGAUCUCUAUCGUCAAAAUACCAAGUCUUUCCCAGGGAAUGAGAAGAAUCCGGCUACUUCCGUUGGAGGAUCUAUUCUUGAUGAUCAAAACUCAUCUGACUCCUUAUUCCAAAAAAACUUUCCUUCAGCUGUUAACAGACAGCUUUCUGUUCCUACCUCCUCUAGACACAGUUCUUCUAACAGUCUAAAGUUUGGUGUAUCGUUCAACCAAUUUGGCAGCUCUCUACCAGGAAGUCCAUCUCAACUCACAUUUCCUUCGAAUAUGGACUCCCUUUUCAAACCUAACAGUUUUGUGUGCAGCAGCCCUAAAGUUGCCAAGAAAAGCCCUCUAUCCACCGAAUCCCCCAACGACAUCGUAACUCAAGUCGAUAUUGUCCGGUCACCAUCGUUUUCUCAGUCUUCCACGCAUCAAAGUGGAUCAAAAUCUCCCAAACAUCACAUAUUUGAUUUCGAUCCCGUGGCGGCUUCGUCCCUGUUCAACUCCAAUAGCUGCAGCCCGAGUCUCUUUUCAGACAAGUUCAAUCACAAAUCUUUUUCCAUGUCCGAUCAAAACGACAGUUUCAGCAGUGGUGCUAUUUCGAGACACGAGUCCUUCAACCGAAACUCGAGGACAUCCGAUCCAUCUAGCAAUGAUAGUUUCAUAGCCCAGAUGACUAGAGAUUUAGCCAAAAUGAGUACUUUGGAAAAAAGUCUUACGGAGGUUGGAUCUGCUGGCAAAUCUCAGGCUGAUUCAAAUUUUGCAAAUUUUUUUGAUAGUUGAUGAUUUAUGUUCAUAAUGAGUCCUUUUCAUUAAGAAUCUCAUCUAUUUCAUUUUAAGACUAUUAAUGUAUUUUCUAUAUACUUAAAUAAUCUCACUUUUCUUUACUAUUAUGUUAUAUGCAUUGGUUAACAAUUUUAAUAGCACUUUUUGUCAGUACUUGACUGAUAAAUUGCAGACUGAUAAUUGCUGGGUUUUCAAAAAUAAAUACUGAUUUUAAAGUAGACGGAUAUAAGUAGUUUGAUAACUUCAAUACUAAAUCACUUCAGUAUACUUCGAUUAUCUUAUUUUAGAGGUGCACACCCUCGGCCGAAAAUUAAUUAGAAAACUUACAUUUUUAUAACUGUUUUUUAAUCUAAUUUCAAGAUGUUUUAUUAAAGUCAUUGAAUUUUUAACAUUGAAAUUCCAAACUGCUUGAAGCACUGGUUCAAAGUUUCAAAAAAGAAAAUGUGCAAAACCUUAUAGCUUUUUGAAUUAAAAAUGUUUUUAUUUCAUUUAUUUAUUUAUUUAUUUUGUAAAUAUUAGGUAUAAUUUGCUGCACUUAGUCUUUUAAUUUUCACAAAAAAAUUAUAUUGUUUUUUUUUUCAGUAAACUAUUAUCAAUUGAUAUAAAAACUGAUUCUCUGUAUCCCUCUAAUCUAAAUUUUAAGAAAAUUUUUUUUUUAAUUCUGUGACCUUCAUCUGAAAAAGAUUGUGCACCUCUACUAUUUACCUGCUGCUUCUUUGUAAAAAUGUAUUUUUAAAAAUUGCAAAAACAUUUAGCUUGAAGGUCUUUUGAGUUAAAAUACCAAACUCAUUGUUAACAUGUCAUACAUUUUCAUUCAUAUUAAAUUGAUUAAUCUCUUAUGCUACCUCAAAACAUCAUUAGCACUGUAAAGCAAUUUGAACUGCUUAAUGUUUUGUUUUUUGUGUUUUAGUUACAUAUACGCAAUGUAAAUGUGUUAUUCACAGCUCAUUGUGCGAUUCAUUAUUCAUAUCACACUAUUUAAGCAUGUGUGAUUAAUUUAAAGUGAGUCUAUAUACUAUCUGAUGUUAGGUUUUAGUUUUUUUUGUUGUUUGUUUUAUUGCAUUCUUUGAUAAUAAAUGUAUGAAUAUAAUUAUAAAUACGCAUAUAAUUAUAAUACUUACAAAUGUACGAAUAUAAAUACUUUGUACUAUGAUGUUUAACUUUUACACAUGUUCUUGUUUUGUUUCUUUACAAGCAUUGUCAAAUGCAUCUAUAACGUUAAUAAGUUCUGGUUUCUAUUUAAUUAAUGUUCGAAUUUACUUUUGUAAUUUUUGCAAGUUAAAAAGAUCGUAAGAAAAAUAUUU